AUGGGUACCAAUUCGAUGCCACUUGCAGCACCAAUUGGUGCCACUUGCCUUGUUCUUGUUUUUUGCAAGACAAAGGCAAGGAUUAUCCUCAGAGUACUUGAUUUGUCAAGUAAUAGUUUCACCGGUGAGAUUCCAAAAUUGAUCGGAAAGCUUAAAGGACUCCAACAACUUAACCUCUCUCACAAUUACUUUACUGGUCAUAUCCAAUCAUCAUUGGGAAUUUUGACCAAUCUAGAAUCAUUAGAUCUAUCUUCAAAUUUGUUAACCGGAAGGAUUCCUAUACAGUUGGUAGAUCUAACAUUUCUCCAAGUCUUAGACCUUUCACAUAACCGGCUUGAAGGACCCAUACCCAAAGGAAAGCAGUUCAACACGUUUGAUCAUCGCUCAUUCGAAGGAAACUCUGGUUUGAGUAGAUUUCCAAUGCCAGAAGAAUGUAGCAAUGGCGAGGCACCACCAUUACCAUCAUCAAACUUUAUUGCAGGAGAUGAUUCAACAUUGCUUGAAGAUGGGUUUGGAUGGAAAGCUGUGGCAAUUGGGUAUGGAUGUGGGUUUAUGUUUGGAGUCAUAAUGGGAUAUGUUGUGUUUAAAACAAGAAGACCUGCAUGGUUUCUGAAAAUGGUUGAAGAUCAAUGGAGUCUUAAUGCAAGCAGAACAAAGAAGAAUGCUAGUAGAAAUGGUGCAAGAAGAAAAUAAACAAUGCAGUCAGUAUCUUCAAAGUUCGUUCUGUAAGCUGUUUCCUUUCAGAUUUUGUAAGUA